GUCACAGAGGCACAGCAGGACCUUGUUGAUGGCAAUGCCAGAGCAAAGAGCCCCUUUUGUGGAUGUUCCUGCUGAGUCCAGCCUGAGAUGCUCCUGGCCCUGGCACUCACAGGCGUGGCAGGAGCCAAGAGCCACGAUGUGGGGGGAGAUGAUGGAUUACAAAAGUGGCCGGGAAAUUUCUCAUACAUUUCCUGCAAGGUUUGAAGUCAAUCCUCCCUGUAUGACACCUCCUCCCUCCUCUUCACAGCUGCUUCUCAUUUCCCAGCCAUACUCUUCCUGUUUUGUUAGCUUUUUAUUUAUUUUUUUUUUCCCCCUAAAUGAUUUUUUGGGAAGGUGGGGGGCUGUGUUGAACAGCUGCACACAAUUCCCCCCUGGCCAUGCCUGCACCCAUCACUAUAUAUAGCCUCAGACAAGCCAAACAAAUGAGCAGGGCUGGGGUUAAUAAUCAGAAAAUGGAGUUGAGCUGUCUCUGAACUGUGAUUUACUGGGACCCAGGCCAGGCGAGAUCCUCCUCACGCCCUCGCUGCAGAGUCGUCCGCAGGGACCAGCCCCUUCAAAAGAGGAGAAAUGAUUUUUAAAUGCCUUUUCUCCAGCUGAAACUCGAGAUGGGAAAUGGUUCAAGCAGAUUUGCCGGUGGGUGAGGUCUCCAGGGCGGUGCUGGCGUGAUGUGGAGCGAUGCUGGGUGUUGGUGAUGCCUUCUCCAUCCUUAGAAGCUCAGAGCUGGGGGAACAGAGUAUCAGGUUCUUUUAUCUGAUAACAGUGCCAUAAAAAUGCCAUGAAGAAGUUUUUUCACCUGUUGGACCUCUGCAGGGCUGGUGUCUCCGGGCUUUUAGAGGUGGGAGAAGGAUGACCACGAUCCUUCCUUUCCACUGCCAUUUCUCCCAUCAGCAUGAAAGGAUAAUUAAUGCUCGGGCUGGGAAUCUCCAGGACAGGUUGAGUGUGAUUCUCCAAGGCAGGAGCAGGGCAGGGAGCCCAGCUCCUCUCCUGGGAGAGUUUCUGUGCUCUCUGCACAAAGCAGGGCAGCCUCAGCGGAAGAGGUGGAGGAUCCUCCCGGGAGGAUCCUCCUGCCUGCUGGACAUUUCCCUUCCCUCCAACAGAGGCAAAACCCGAAGCCAGUCCCACAUGAGGCCACCUGCUGCUGUUGGAUGGGGUGGGGGUGAGGCAGGAAGAGCAUCACUGUCUCCUCCUGGAGCUGAACCCUCAAGGUCCUUCAGCAAGGUGAAGGCAACGCCCUCGGAAAGGUUUUGGAGGUGGAAUUCCAGGUGGAAGGAGCCACCUCCUGCCAAGACUCAGGCUUGCAGGACAGUCCUCACUCUCCUGCUUUCCUUCUUGCACUCCUCAUCCUCAGGAGCUCUUCCAGGUUGUGCUCCCAGCACAGUGGGAGCAGAGCCCAGAGCUGCUGAGCUGAGCUCCUGGCAGAUCCAGAAGAUGAAGCUGUGUCCCCAUCCCUCAGCAUUCCUGCAGAUCCAGAAGAUGAAGCUGUGUCCCCAUCCCUCAGCAUUCCUGCAGAUCCAGAAGAUGAAGCUGUGUCCCCAUCCCUCAGCAUUCCUGCAGAUCCAGAGCAGGCACUGCUGGAUGAAGUUGGGCCCAGGAUGUCGCUGUCUUGGGGGGAAGUUCCCAUCUCAGGACUGUCAGAGGAGGAAAGAACACUUUUCUGACCCCAAAAACACUUUUCUCACCCCAAAAUCCCAAAGCUCGUGUCUGGGAAGUGCUUCAGGAGCUGAGCUCUGUCCCUGGCUGUGCCCUGGGAUGGGGCUUGGAGUUACCUGAUUUAAUGAUGAUUUAAUGUUGAUUUAAGGCUGAUUUAAGGUGUCCAUGCCCAUGGCAGGGGUGGAACAAGAUCAGCUUCAAGGCCCCUUUCAACCCAAACCAUUCGGGAAUUUUGUGUGUGUACGGAUUUAUUUCCCACCUGCUCUCUCAGACUGCCCCUUUUCCCUUCGUUCCUCUCUAAACAGCGCAAUUUCCCUUCCCGCUGGGACCGGGAGCGCUGGGUUAAUGCCACCGUCAUCGGGUGUCAGCUCUGCACAAGCACUUAACCCUCUGCGAGCUGGGAAAAAACAAAAGGGAAGGAGAGGAAAAAACCCAAUUCUGUGCCGGUGACACUUUCUCCCGGCCAACAAACAAAAGUUUUAUGAGCUGAACCCUCUGGAUGCUGCAUUCCAGCUUGGUAACAUUUCGGUAACACAUUGCAAACGUUUGACUCAUAGAAACUUGGACGGCUGGAGCCGGGGGAGGGGGAAGAGCGUCACAUUCCCAUUCCCGGGAAGGGUUUGGUUGUCGGAUUUAUUAUUUUUUUUU